AUGAAUGAUGUUCGUGACAAAGUUGUCCCUGGAACUUCAACAUGGGAGAGUAAUGCAACUCAGAGUGACUCAUCACCAGAACUGCAGUCGUCUCCAAGUGCAAGUGGUGAGACACCCCAGACGCCAGGAGCACCAGUUCCGCUGGCCCCACACCUAGCAGCUGAAUUACAUCCAGAUCUUCUACAACAAGGUUGGAGGAAAUAUUGGUCUAAAAGAGAAAAUAGGCCUUAUUUCUGGAACAAACUGUCCGGUGAAUCUAUGUGGGAACUUCCCGCAGUAAAGAGAGAUUUUGAUCCAAUAACAGAUCCACUAGGCAUCUGUCACACCGGCCCAUCAAAUGCAGGUAACAUGACUCCUGGUGCUAACAAACGUCGUCCAUCUGAAGAUAAUGGACCCCCACCAAAGAAAUUUGUUCUGGCUGGACCUUGGGAUAUUGAGGUGCCAACUAAUGUGGUAAUAUAUGAGAGACCUCCAACUAUUUGUCCACAUCCCCACCCAGAAAUAGAAGGAUUUAGAUUUACCUUGGCUAAUAAGUUAAGACAAUGCUACCAAGAGUUAUGCCAUACAAGAGAAGGCAUUGAUGCUCCUAAAGAUUCAUUCAAUAGAUGGUUGAUGGAAAGGAAGGUCAAUGAUCAGGGUGGUUCAGACCCUCUUCUUCCUAGUCAUUGUUUCCCAGAAAUAUCACAUUCAAUGUAUGAGGAAAUUAUGAAUGACAUUCCAAUUAAACUCACGCAUCCAAAGUUUACUGGCGAUGCAAGGAAACAGUUAUCAAGGUAUGCAGAAGCAGCAAAGAAAAUGAUUGAAUCACGAAAUGCAUCACCUGAAAGUCGUAAGGUGGUGAAAUGGAAUGCUGAAGAUACAUUUCAGUGGUUGAGGCGAACUGUUGGAGCAACAUAUGAUGAUUUUCAAGAUAGAUUAGCACAUUUGCGGAGACAGUGUCAACCGCAUUUGGCUGAAACUGUAAAAGCAUCAGUUGAAGGAAUUUGCUUAAAAAUCUAUCACUUGUCUGCUGAAUAUGCUCGUAAAAUAAGAGAGAAACAUAGUGCAUUACUUAAAGAAAAUGGAAUACAGGAACUUCAAGCUCCAUUGCAACAAGCAGCUUUGCGGAAGGUGUGGUGUUAUCCGGUGCAGUUCGCAGUGCCGGCCCCACGGCCUCCGCUCGUAGAACAUUUCCUCGACCGUGAUCAGACACUAUUACGCUAUCUUGGUGAAACUCAGGUCCUCAAUGCUGUUUAUUUACAGAAACUGGAAUGCCUAUACCGAUAUAGUUGCUUCGACGACAAGAAGUUCGAGCAGUUCUUGUCACGGGUGUGGUGCCUGCUGCGUCGGUACGCGGCGUGGGUGGGCGCGGGCGGGGAUGCGCAGCUGACGCAGAUGUCGCUGCCCGUGCCGGUGCUCGAGUGUCUGCAUCGGUGCUUCGGCGUCACCUUCGAGUGCUUCGCUAGUCCGCUGGAUUGCUACUUCAGGCAAUAUUGUUCUGCAUUUGCCGACACUGACACAUAUUUUGGAUCUCGGGGGCCCUUUUUGGAACUGCGUCCCGUGUCCGGUUCAAUGGUAGCACAUCCACCUUAUUGUGAAGAACUACUAGAAGCGGCCUUGCGACAUAUGGAGAGGCUAUUGCAAGAUUCCGCCGAGCCGCUGAGCUUCGUCGUCAUCUUGCCAGAGUGGCCAGAUAGGCAAACACACGCAUUACACAAACUUCAAGCCAGCCACUUCAAAAGAAAACAGGUGGUUAUUCCAGCUUUUGAGCACGAGUACCGCCACGGAUUUCAGCAUGUCCUUACCAAGAACGAGGUGUACUUCAGAUGGGGCAGCGGCACGGUGGUGGUGUGGCUGCAGAACGCGGCGGGGUUCGCGCGCUGGGGGCCCACGGAGGACCGCGUGGAGGCGCUGCUGGACGCGUGGCGGCCGCGAGCCAAGCUAAGGGAUGCGCCGCCCGCCGCGCCGCAGCCAGAGCCCGAGCCCACGCCGCCGCCCACGCCAGACAAGCGCUAA